GGUCAUGACCCCGGAAGCACAUCCUUCCUACAGUCCAGAACUGAGACGAUGGCGGCGGCGGCCCGAGCGGUGCUGUUUUCUGCGGCGCGGCGGCAGCUCUGCGGUUUCACAGAGAGGCUCCUGAUCCGGGGCGCUGCUGGGCGGUCAUAUUUUGGAGGAAACAGAUUGAGAAGUACACAGGCUGCUACACAAGUUGUUCUGAAUGUUCCUGAAACGCGAGUAACCUGUUUGGAGAACGGACUCAGGGUGGCCUCUGAAGACUCUGGGCUCUCAACAUGCACAGUUGGGCUCUGGAUUGAUGCUGGAAGUCGAUAUGAAAAUGAGAAGAAUAAUGGAACAGCUCACUUUCUGGAGCAUAUGGCUUUCAAGGGCACCAAAAAGAGAUCCCAGUUAGAUCUGGAACUUGAAAUUGAAAAUAUGGGUGCUCAUCUCAAUGCCUAUACCUCCAGAGAGCAGACUGUAUAUUAUGCCAAAGCAUUCUCUAAAGAUUUGCCAAGAGCUGUAGAAAUUCUUGCUGAUAUAAUACAAAACAGCACAUUGGGAGAAGCAGAGAUUGAACGUGAACGUGGAGUAAUCCUUAGAGAGAUGCAGGAAGUUGAAACCAAUUUACAAGAAGUUGUUUUUGAUUAUCUUCAUGCCACAGCUUAUCAAAAUACUGCACUUGGACGGACAAUUUUGGGACCAACUGAAAAUAUCAAAUCUAUAAAUCGUAAGGACUUAGUGGAUUAUAUAACCACACAUUAUAAGGGGCCAAGAAUAGUACUUGCUGCUGCUGGAGGAGUUUCCCAUGAUGAGCUGCUUGAGUUAGCAAAAUUUCAUUUUGGUGAAUCUUUGUCCACACACAAAGGAGAAAUACCAGCUCUACCUCCGUGCAAAUUCACAGGAAGUGAGAUUCGAGUGAGGGAUGACAAGAUGCCUUUGGCACACCUUGCAGUAGCUGUUGAAGCUGUUGGUUGGGCACAUCCAGAUACAAUCUGUCUCAUGGUUGCAAACACACUGAUUGGCAACUGGGAUCGCUCUUUCGGAGGAGGAAUGAAUUUAUCUAGCAAGUUGGCCCAGCUUACCUGUCACGGCAACCUCUGCCAUAGCUUCCAGUCUUUCAAUACUUCCUACACAGAUACAGGACUGUGGGGAAUCUAUAUGGUUUGUGAACCAGCCACUGUUGCAGAUAUGCUACAUGUUGUUCAAAAAGAAUGGAUGCGACUAUGUACAAGUGUCACUGAAAGUGAAGUUGCACGAGCCAAAAAUCUUCUGAAAACAAACAUGUUGCUGCAACUUGAUGGUUCCACUCCCAUCUGUGAAGAUAUAGGUAGGCAAAUGCUAUGCUAUAAUAGAAGAAUUCCCAUCCCUGAGCUUGAAGCAAGAAUUGAUGCUGUAAAUGCUGAGAUAAUUCGAGAAGUGUGUACCAAAUAUAUUUAUGAUAAGAGUCCAGCUGUUGCUGCUGUUGGUCCUAUUGAGCAACUACCAGAUUUUAACCAGAUUUGCAGUAACAUGCGCUGGCUUCAUGAUUAAAAAUGCUCCUAAUAAACAUUCGGAACAUUAUAAAACUGAGACCCGUAUUACUUCAGUUACUGUAAAGGGGAGGAAGAUGGGACACAAACAGGCUGAGGGAAGCCCCUGAGAACCACAACCAGGACAAGGAAGUAGAGAAUGACUUCAAAUCUAAGCUGCUAGCCCUGAGCCCCUGCUCUCAACUAUAACACACUGCAUUCUUUUCAAUUUUCUAGGUGAAAUCUCAGGAAAAUAUUUCAUUUUUUGUAUUUAGAUUUUCCCCUUGUCAAAAGUCUGAAGAGACAGAUUGUAUUUUUAUUAAAUGUCUUUCAAAGCCUAGUGAUGGGCAGUUUUAAUUUCAAUUUUAUUAAGUGAAGAUAAGAUGCCAUUUAUUAGAAUACAUAUUCUAGUGUCUGGAGCCUCUAGACAGUUACAUGAAAGAGUUUUCUGUACAUAGUAAGCAUGAACAUACUUGCUGAAUUAAACUACAAUGGUGCAGUAUAUGGUGUGGCAAUCUCUAGCUUGGAAUUUCAUUAAUUUAUUAAUUUGAUGCUGUGUGGUAUGAAAUAAUACUGGUCUCUAACUUUACCAGUUUAAAACCUAAGACCGUCUCUUGGAAAAAACUACAUUUGAAAACUUUUAGGCCUUUUUAGUCAAUAUUUUUAGUAAAAUCUAUAUUUGAACACAAAUUACCAGCACUGAACUAAAUAAUAUCCCUUUAUUUAGACAAAAAUGAAAGCUUUUAGAUCCUUAAAAGCAACCCAUGUUUAACUUCUAAAAGAACUUUUUCUGUGAUAAAAAUUAAUUUUAACACUAUUAAAGAAGCAACCAGACAAAACCAAUUCGUGGUACAUUCUUAGAAUAAAUGAUCUGAUUUCUCCAACUGGGGGAAAGGGGUGAGAUAGUGGUGGUAGGGGACCUGUGACAGACACAACCAGGAGACACACAGCUGACACUGUUGCUCUUAUUUAGAUCCUAAUUUGAACAAUUCAAGUAUAAAAAGAUGUUAAGAUAAUCAAGAAGAUCUGAAUAUGGAACAUGUAUUAAAAUAAUAAGCUUUUUUCUUUUUGAUGGUUUAAAAAGCCAAGAUGGUUAUUUUAAAAACAAACAAAACACGACCCUAUCAGAGUUGCAUACUGAAUAUGCAUGUGUGAAAUUUUUAAAAAGUGAGUUUUAAAAUAUUUAUAUUUUGAGAUAAAGUGCAGAUAGUAGUCUAAUUAUAUUUUUACCAUAUAGAAAUAUUUUAAGUUUAAACAGAAUUUGAUUUACUUGUAUGUAGUGUUUGUUCAAUCAGUCAACGUACCUUGCAUGAGUUUCGAAGUUUUUGCCUUUCUUUCUUAAUGGCUUUUUUCUGGAUAUCUUUCUCCUUCUUUGCCAAUAAUGCUUGUUGUCUAACUUCCUCUUCUUCUUUCUCCUUUGCUAACCGAGCAGCUUCUAAUUCAGCUUGUCUUUGCUUUAAUAAAAUUAUUUAGUAAUAAAAUUAGAAUUCUUAAAUGCUCUAUAACCUUACUAAAAAAAUACAAUUUUUAGUAACUUAUAUUACAAAAAGGUAAACAUCAACUUAUCAAAGACUGAAGGAAAAGCAGAUAAAUUUUAAUCUUUUUAUAAAUUUUUUUCUACAAAAAUUUAUAGAAAUGUAAAACAGACAUGAAAUAAGUGUAGUAUUAAGAAAUUUAUAUGACAUCAUGUUUUUGCCCAGUAAGAAUUUGGAGGUAAAGAAGAUCCUUCUAUCAACUAUGCCAAGUGUCGUGAUUCAUUCAUAGUAGCACCUAGGUCUCUGCUGACAGAUUCUGUGUUUAAAAUAGAUCUGAAGACUGACAAUAUUAUGAACAUUUAAAGUCCAACUUUAUCAAAUGUCAUCUUACUUUCUCUUUAGCCUCUUGCUCCUUUCGUUUUGCGUCUGCCUUUGCUUUCUUUUCUGCUUCUUUCUUGGCUUUUUCCUCUUCCUUAAAUUUUUUUAUCCUUGGGUCACAGCUAUAUGCAUUAUCUACCAAAAAAAAGUUAAAUCUUUUGAAUGUCUAACAUUUAAUUAAAGAACUCUAAAACCCAGCAGUUACACUUACCAACUAAUGUUCUUAUUCUGUUCAUUUCUUCUUUUUUCCUUUGGGCCCUUGUUGCUCUGUUCUGCUUUUCAAUCCAUCUCCUUUCGUCACGGCUAUUAAACAGGAAAUAUUGGAAACAAACUAUUGCUUAUAGAUGGUAUGAUAGGAAAAUGUAAUGUUUUAUAAAUAAAACUAGUUAAGCAACCAGAAGAAAAAGAAUUUGCUGACUUGAGCUUUAUUGACAAUUUCUUAAGUAAUUUCAUUAGCAUAUCAUAUUUAGCACUAUCAAGCUUAACUUGUGAGAUGGGCUCUCAAAAUAUCAAAAAACUCAUUUAAAAUGGAUACACAGAAAAAUGUGAAAGAAAAUACACAUGGUGCAUUUUUUAUAUCAUCACAAAUACCAAAGAACCAAAUAAAAUGUCUUAUCAAUGAUUUACAUACAUACCAUUCUGCUUUUUCUUUUUCUUCUUCAUCUAAAUAAGAAAAUUCUCUCCAAGAAUCAAAAUUAUACCUAAUAUAAAUAGAAAUAAAAUAAAGUCAAGCCAAAACAAAUGAAAAAUAUCUUCCUUUUAAAAUUAAGUUAGGAGCAUAAAAUUUUAAGAAACUUCAAUGACAAGUGGAUGAGUUUAAUAGAUCCCUCCCCUCUUUUCUGAUACUGAAAUCACACUAUACUCAAGUCUUUUUCUUCUUCUUUUUAAAAUGAGCUGUAUUUGGAAUGGAAGUCUAAAAUACUUAUCAGCCCUAAAUCAAAAUAGCAGCUUCCUGCUAUCUCUUCUGAAUAUCAGGUUUUACUCUUGACUGGGACUUGUUACAAGUUGUUCCUGCCUUCACCUCCCCUAGAUUGUCAAGUUUUAAGGUCACCUAGUAAUGGUUACUUUAUCUGGUUUGUAUUCUCUGAAGCUAAGAGCAACUACAACUGACAGAGCUAAAUUUGUCGUUUAUUUUACAGUGAUUUUGUUCAUAUUUACCAGAUACUUAAUGAGAAAAUAUAGCACACGUAAUAUAAAAGUAGAAAAUGAGUAAUAUGUAUUAAAAUUAAUGAACCAGUUAGAGACCGCAGAAUUCCUUGUCAUAUAUUCAAAUAACUUUAAAAAAAAAAUGAAAAUUUUUUUACUGAA